AUCCCCAAGAACGCCAAUAUGUCUGCGCCCUGUGUAAACGUGGGAAAGAGAUUUAUUUUUCAUUUUGUAAACGAUUUAGUCGAUUUCAAACUACCUGAACUUAAAGCAGUAGCGGACUACUUCAGUAUUCAGCUCGGUUUUGAUCCAAAAUCGUACGACAAGCAGGAUCCAUUCAUUGUUGUAACUCUUGAAAAUGAGAAGCAAGCAAAACAAAUUACUAGCAGAACAGUACUUGUUAGGAGUGUAUAUAAUUACUGGGCAGAGGGAACAUCAAGGGAAGAGUUGUACCAGAAUAUAAAACAGCUUAAAGAUACUUUUAAGGAAGCUUACUGUUCACCUAGCAGGUCAUUUAAGAUAAACAUUGAGUCAUACAACCUGAAGCAGGAUUUUCAAACAAUACCAAAAAGAUUGCAGGAGUUGGCAGAGCAUGCAAACUUAGACCUGCAGGGUCCUGUGAACCUGUCGUCUCCAGACGUCUCCUUUUAUUUCCUGGAAUACUACGGCUCUCAAGGGACUAAACCCGUGGCCAAGAAACUGUACUUUGGGACAUGGGUAGCUGAUGGACAGAAACAUUUAGCACAAAGAUAUGAUCUCAAAAAAAGACAUUACAUAGGCAAUACCAGCAUGGAUGCCAGACUGUCCCUCCUGGUGUCCAACCUGGCCCUGGCUGGACCUGGCAGCUGGGUACUGGACCCCUUUGUGGGAACAG